AUGGCACCCGACCGAAGAGAAGACGCGCAUUCAUCCACACCGCCCGACACCACUGCGGCCCCAGAUCCGCCGCCCAUCCAUCCUUCGUUCAUCCAGGUUGCCAAGCCGUACAUCUUCGAGCAGACCAUCCAGCAAUGUAUUGCCGCCAUGGGUGUCAAUCCGCUGCGCGAGGAGUCCCUCCGCCUGCAGGGAGUAACCUGGGUUGAUAACGUCCGACGCAACUUGAAUCUCCCAAUCCGCACCUUCAACACGGCGGUGGUGUACUACCACAAAUUCCGACUCGUCCAUCCCGACAACGAGUACAAUUACAAUGAUGCCGCUACAGCUGCUCUCUUCACAGCCUGCAAGGUCGAGGACACGCUCAAGCGAUCCCGCGAGCUCGUCUGUGCAGCCUAUAACCUCAAGGUGCCACCCCAGGAGCAUUUGGCUCCUGACAGCCAGGUCUUCGACUUACCCGCCCGAGGCAUCAUCGGCCUCGAGCGUCUGAUGCUGGAAUCAUCCGGCUUCGACUUCCGCACGCGUCACCCGCAAAAGACGCUCGUCAAGCUGGCGCGGAAGUACGGGCUGACCUCGCAAUCUGAGGUCUCGACUGUCGCCUACCGCAUCGCCCAGGAUCUGUACCGGACCUACGCGCCCAUCAAACAGACCACCUCGACCAUGGCGUUCAGCGCUCUGGAGCUAGCGGGGCGACUCCUGGACCAGCGCAUCCCGGAGGUCGAAGCGGGCGUUGACUACAAGGAUUGGAACACGAGUCGGGAGGAGGUUAUGGAAACCCUCCUCGACAUUCUAGAACUCUACACCCACAACCGCGCUCAAACCACCGUGGGCCCACACUUCCCCGCAGACCGGUUCCUGACCGUGCGCAUCCCGCUCAACUCCGAGGCGGAAGAGAAGAAGCUACCCCGGUACACGCACUGGGUCGAGCCGAAGCCGAAACCCCCUCCCGCCGCGCCGCGCGGUCCCAAGGGGAAGGGCUAUACGAACGGCACCAGUCACAAUAGCAACAACGGCAGCAUCAACAGCCACACUCUCGGUAACAGUGCAGCAGACAAAGACAAACCGGACCACCCACUCACUCCCGUUGCCGCUAACGGGGAUCGCCCGAGAGCUGGAGAGAAAUACGCUGUGCGGUUCAUGUUGGAGCCCGACCGGGCGGAGGUGGAGCGGGCGCGCGUGGAGGAGUAUUUCCGGGUGGAGGUGGAGGAGUAUGAGGUUGAGGAGUGA